AUGAUGAUUCGACCUCGAAAGAUGGAUAUGAAACCACCAUUUGUGAUGACAGUUGCCCUUUCUGUAGCUGCUAUGCUCAUUUCACCUGUGUUGGCUUUGGAUAAUGUCAACCAGUUCUCCGCUAGAACCCAAUUCCUUAGGCGUGGACUCCAACAAGAUGAUCAGGCUGACCAAGCUGUCACACAGGCACCUUCCGUCACCCCGCAACCACAAGAUGAUCAGUUUGAUCGAUCUGUCAGCUCUCAAGACACCAUUCCUGCUGUCAUUGUAGGGGUGGCGAGUAGCGUGAUUAUCUGCGCCAUCCUGCUCUUUGUUACUGACUUGAGAGAUCGUUGCAAGCAUCAACAACUGCUUGAUGAAAGAGAGGAGCGGCGUCGGGCACGAGAGGAAACGGCAUCGUCCAAGCACAUCGAACGGACCGAAUCGAGUGAGAUUAUCAGCACUCACACGAGUGGAACUCCUGCAGAGAAGUAUCAACCACAGUUUGUUGAAAAUAAGGCUUCGGAGUCUUCAGUAUCAACGAUGACAAGUCUUGGAUGCUUGCGUGCCGCCGAAUCCGAAGACUUGGAGCAUUCAUUGGAAGUCACUGAACUACAAGAGUCUCAUCGAGUCUCGCAAGGCGCCGAUCUGUCGUACUUGCUGGAACUGAAGAUACCACAGGGGACCAACCUAGCAUAUCUUUUGGAAUUGAAGAGGCUCAAGAAGUUUCGUGAGUGUCGAGACGUUGCGGAAGAAGGCAUGGACAGCCCAAGUUUUCGGACCAUUGAGGGGGACUGCAGCGGAUCCCAAAUUGGCUCAGUCAUGGACGACGAUGUUUAUCUUGUUGACGAUGCCGAGUCCGUUUCUGUAUCUCACAGAUCUAGAAGCUACUCAAGGUCACGAAGCCAACGCACACCCCUAUCUACAGCAUUUGCCAACCUGUCGUCGCGUUCGGCUCCUCGAUUGGGUAUCAGUCCCUGCUCAUCUCCGCAAGGAAGCCAACACAGCGCCCAUAAUGACAACAUGUCCAUGGCCAGCUCCAUUCACAGUGUCGAGACAGCACCUGGUAAACUGACAACAACAAAAGAAGACAUUAUCUCUCCAAGUCAUUGCAAAUCAUUGGCCAAAUCGAUGACCAGUCCAACAGCCAGUCUUGGUUCACCAUCCGUUUAUGCAACCUCGGAGCAACCCACAAGUCCUGUACAAGGCAAUACCAACUACCCGGACUCGAUCUAUCGCACUCCAAUCCAGUCUCUAACAUCAGCAAAACCAAGUCCAGAGGAUGAUUACCCGAUUGCUUCGAGUGACGACUCCUCUGGCGUGCAAAGCGACGACUGCUUGCCUCCUCCUACGCUUCUGCAACGAACGACCGAGACAUUGGCCGAGCAAGAAGGUUCAAAGCAGAACGAAUUGGCGCAGUUGGAGCAACUCUAUUCUAGAGAUCUUCUUCCCGUCCACGAGUAUACCAGUAGCAUGCACAAUACAAUGCUGGAGAAGAUUGAGGAGGUUGUUGGCAUGCAAGCUUGCAUCCGCCACGUCGACUAUGCACCUGGAAAUAAUAGCAGUGUGACACUUGGAAUUGGUCUAAUGGGUGCCAGAAGUCACGACACUUUUCCCAUGGUUGAAGAUAUCAAGGAAACGAGCCCACUUUUGGAUCAAAUUUUUGUAGGCGACUACAUUCUUGCCGUGAACAAUGUCGAAACCCGCGGACUUGAAGCCUCAGACGUUGCCAAGCUAUUGGCCACUGACGAACAACGAGAUGAUGCCGAGGAAGAAGAAUCCGAGAACAUGCGCAUUGUUCGACUGACCAUUCAGAGUCCGCAGUUUGAUGGUUCCGAAUCAGACUCAGACAGUGACGAGGGGUCUUCAGCGGCCAGCAAAGCAUCGGAAACCAAAUCUGAAGUCUAG